CAAAUGUCGAGUUUAAAGUGGGCGUUGUUCCUUAUAAUUGUGUCAGCUGUCGUCUACACAAUGGAACCGUUUCAUAGGGGCUAUUUCGCAAAUGACGAAUCAUUAAAGUACCCGUAUUAUCCCUCGACUGUUAAGUCGGUGUAUUUAUAUACUGUAGUACCUAUAAUUGCGAUUUUGAUUGUAUUUAUUAGAUCAUCAUCACGGAACUUGUUCGAGCGCGCCAUUAUGGUUUUGCCACUCGUUACAAGCAUCAUAAUUUCUUUGUACAAAUUCCUUUAUCUAUUGGCUCUCGGAUAUGCUGUAGUUUCGAUGUUCGUUCACAUUGGGAAGAUUGUCAUUGGGAGACUGCGCCCAAACUUUUUUGACGUCUGUAAUCCAGCAGUAGUUACGGAAACUCGGUUCGGAUACAUUACAAAUUUUGCGUGCUUGAAAAACGAUACUCAUUUGAUUCGAGAGAUGAGGUUAUCUUUUCCAUCAGGACAUUCAGCUUAUUCUAUGUUUCCAGCAAUCUUCAUUGUGGUUUAUCUUCACUACCGGAUGCCGCGCAUCAGUAUGGGUUCGGUGCUGCAGGCGUUUGUGCAGACCGCAGCUGUGACCGCCGCGUUCUACGUCGGAUUGACUCGGGUGACCGACAACAAGCACCACUGGACAGACGUGCUUGCUGGCAUGCUUCUUGGCGCUGCUGUUGGCAUCUUCUCGGUAACAAUGCUACUCCUCGCGUCCGUGUUUAAAAAAAUCUGA